AGUCGAUUUUCACAACGCGGAAAUCGGUAGGAAGGCAGGCUUGACAGGAAAAGCAGCUUUAAAUUGAGCUCUAUAAAAUCUUAUAUGGAUUUAUGUAUUGUAACCAGUUAGGCAAGCAAACUGUAAACAAACUGUAACAACAAACGUCUUGUUGUAGAGUAAGAGUUUUGGGAGCAUGGAGGAUGACGCACCGGUUAUUUAUGGCCUUGAGUUCCAGUGCCGUGCUUUGACCGCUCAGACAGCUGAAACCGACGCCAUACGAUUUCUAGUGGGCACGCAGUCGUUCAAAUUUGAUAAUCAGAUCCACAUCAUUGACUUUGAUGAUGAGAACAAUAUCAUUAAUAAGAAUGUGCUUCUGCAUCAUGCUGGUGAGAUAUGGCACAUCGGCGCCAGCCCUGCUGACAAAGGAGUGCUGACCACGUGUUAUAACAAGAUCUCAGACAGCCGCGUGUUAACGUGCGCAGCGGUGUGGAGGAUGCCCCUGGAAUUGGAAUCAGGCAGCCACGAUUCCCCCGACGAUUCAGCUCACAGCCCACAGGCCCUGCAGCUCCUCUGUCACCUUGACAACACGGCCCACGGCAAUGUGGCCUGCGUGUUGUGGGAGCCGAUGGGAGAUGGCAAGCGCGUGAUCUCUCUGGCUGAAAGCCACAUCGUGCUCUGGGACCUUCAGGAGAGCUCCACCAAGGCCACGAUCUCCAACAGUGCCACCUUGGAAGGCAAAGGGCAGCUGAAAUUCACCUCGGGUAAAUGGAGCCCCCACCACAACAGCACCCAGCUGGCCACCGCCAACGACACGGCCAUCCGAGGAUGGGACCUUCGCAGCAUGAGUCAGAUCUACUGCAUCGAGAAUGCCCAUGGGCAGUUGGUGCGAGACUUGGACUUCAACCCCAACAAGCAGUACUACCUGGCCAGCUGUGGGGACGACUGUAAGGUCAAAUUCUGGGAUGUGAGGCACAUCAAUGAGCCUGUCAAAACCCUGGAGGAGCACUCCCACUGGGUGUGGAGCGUAAGGUAUAACCACUCCCAUGACCAGCUGCUGCUUACAGCCAGCAGUGACAGCAGAGUGAUCCUGUCCAACAUGGUUUCCAUUUCCUCUGAGCCCUUUGGCCACUUUGUAGAUGACGACGACCUCAGUGACAGUGAGGAGAAUCACCAUGAGGAAAAGAGCAAAGAGCCACUGCAGGACAGCAUCAUUGCUACAUAUGAGGAGCACGAGGACAGCGUGUAUGCGGCAGAGUGGUCUUCAGCUGAUCCCUGGCUCUUCGCUUCGCUCAGUUACGAUGGGAGGCUGGUGAUUAACAGAGUGCCCAGGGCUCUGAAAUACCGCAUCUUACUGUAGCAUGACUAAAGCGGUGAGCGAGAAUGAAAACCGUUUUUUGGACGGCUGAAUGCAAGAGAGACGUGAGUGAAACGAAUGUUAAACACUGAGCAAAGUAAUGAAAGAAAGUUGGUCUACAUCUGCAUUAAAAAUACACGGCCGCUAUUAACACUACCAAUUAGAGGCAGCCCUGGAGAGUAGAGUGAUGGCUGCAAGGCUGUUUGAAGGAGAGAAGGCUGGAGGGCAUGGAGUGGCAUAUGGCUUUGAAAAAGCCCCUCGAGUUGAUAGCCAGCAUCUAUUCUGUUAGUUCUGUUAGAAGCUUGCUUUAUCUCGCCCAGCCUCGGGCACCACUGCUGAGUAGAAAGUGCAGCUAGGGAGAACAGCGGGGCUACUCUCCUCUAGCCUUCACUUCUCUUCUCCAUUACAUACCACAAGCACACAACUCCAGCUAUAGGGAGAGAGAUGAGAAAUGAAUCUGCAUCCAGACUUUAAAAGCGUUAACGUGACAUUUUUGGUGCAUUUUACCAGCUCUGUAAUAAGUAACAUUUUGUUAUUUAACAGCUCGAUAAAUCGUGACCGUAAUAUUGUAAGGUUAUAUCUAGGUUAAGAAUGAAUGGGAGAUGGGACUUUAUAAUAUUAAAGUUCGGAAAUGCUGUCAGUCUGAAACCUGUACUGAAAAAAAUGAUAUCUUAGCAAGUAAAAAUAUACUGUUUGAUAGCAACAAUAUAUUGUUAUCAAAUAUAAAAUUAUUCAGACUGUUUUCAGAAGCUUUUAUUCAUUUCAAGCUAUACAUUUGUCUUGUUCUGAUUGGUUUUGCUUCUUUCUAGAAAUAAAUGCUUACAAUUAGAAUAAGAAAAAAAUUUCAAACAUUAAAUGAGUAAAAAUGUCUAAAAAUAGGUUUAAUAAUCAUAUUUGGUUUAUUCCUAUUAUAAUAGGAAAUACUACAUAAAUCUGACUAUAUUCAUGAUGUUUUCACUAGCUAAUAUGUCAUUUUUUGCAGUCUAAUGUCCUGCAAUGAACGGUUUAAAUUCUUGUGAGCGUAUUUAUUUUGCAGAUGUAUCAAAUGUUCUGCACGGUUUAAUUGAUUAUUCUGAUUAUCCCUGUACAUUCCAAAUAAAAUGGAUUUGAGAGGCCAAGAAUUUA